CCGGCGCCAGAAAGGGCAGAAGCCGCGCGAGCGAUUUAACAUGGCGGAGGACGCAGCCUCAGCGGCUCCGAGCCCGCGAGGGCGUGCUGACGGGGAGGAUGCGGGCCCCUCGGAGGAGCGGACGGUGGAAACGGCGAAAGAGAAUCAGGAACAGUUUGAGUGCCAGGAACUGCUCGAAUGCCAGGUGCAGUUGGAGGCCCCAGAGGAAGAGGAGGACUCGGGCCUGGUGGCUGAGGCCGAGGCGGUAGCUGCCGGCUGGAUGCUCGAUUUCCUCUGCCUCUCUCUUUGCCGGGCCUUCCGUGACGGCCGCUCCGACGACUUCCACCGGACCCGCGACAGCGCCGAGGCUAUUAUUCAUGGACUGUCCAGUCUAACAGCUUAUCAACUGAAAACUAUAUACAUAUGUCAAUUUUUGACAAGAAUUUCAGCAGGAAAAGCCCUUGAUGCACAAUUUGAAAUUGAUGAACGAAUUACACCCUUGGAAUCAGCCCUGAUGAUUUGGGCUUCAAUUGAAAAGGAACAUGACAAGCUUCAUGAAGAAAUACAGAAUUUAAUUAAAAUUCAGGCUAUAGCUGUUUGCAUGGAAAAUGGAAAUUUUAAGGAAGCAGAAGAAGUCUUUGAAAGAAUAUUUGGUGACCCAAAUACUUGUACGCCUUUAAAGAGGAAACUGCUUAUGAUAAUCUCUCAGAAAGAUACAUUCCAUUCCUUUUUUCAACACUUCAGCUACAACCACAUGAUGGAGAAAAUUAAGAGUUACGUGAAUUAUGUGCUAAAUGAAAAAUCGUCCACCUUUCUAAUGAAGGCUGCAGCAAAAGUAGUGGAAAGUAAAAGAGCAAGAACAACUUCUCAAGAUAAAUCUAAUGGUGAUGAUGUUGAAAUGGAAACUGAAGCUAAUUUGGAUAUAGGAAAAAGUGUUAGUGACAAACAGUCUGCGGUAACUGAAUCCUCAGGGGAUACAGUAUCCUUAUUGAGGUCUCACAAAAAUCUCUUAUCUAAGUUGAAACGUGGAAGCCAACAACAAGAUAUUAAUAAGAAAGAGGAAAGAGGGGAAACUCUUCAGAGUGGACGAAAGGAAAAAGAAAAUAGUAGGCGAGCCACUGAAAACAAGAGAAUACGUGUUUUAAACAGUCAGCCUGUAACUCCUAAGAAAUGUCAAUCUAGGAAAAGACAGGUGUGGCUUUGGGAAGAAGACAAAAAUCUGAGAUCUGGUGUGAGGAAAUAUGGAGAAGGAAAUUGGUCUAAAAUACUGUCCCAUUAUAAAUUCAACAACCGAACAAGCGUCAUGUUGAAAGACAGAUGGAGGACCAUGAAGAAGCUAAAACUCAUCUGCUCCGACAGUGAAGACUGAAUGUGUUUGCAAAGCUUGAUGAAAUGACAGUUAAAUAUUUUGAUCACUGCAUUUUAUUUGAAACUUGGUGGUCGUUAAUCUAACUUAAAAUUUUGUUUAAAGCAUUACAGUAUUUUUCUCGACACAGUCAUUUAAUAAGAAGAUUUGUGCUGCAAGAGUAAGAUUGUAUGCCAUCAUUGUAUUCCUUAAGGAUCUUUUUACUUUGGUAAAAAAUAAAUUUGUUGAACCCUGAUAUUUUCAAUACUCCUACUUCCAGACUUCCAGACCUGUUCCAGUAAAAAAAAAAAAAAAAAAAAAAGGAAA